AUGAACAAACUAUGUCAAGAGCACGGCAUAAAUCAAGACGGCAACCUUGAAGACUUUGCAAUCGAGGGCGGCGACAGGAAGGAUGUCUUCUUCUACCAGUCCGAUGACACCCGCUAUAUCCCUCGCGCUAUCCUUAUCGACCUGGAGCCCAGGGUGAUCAACACUAUCCAGACCGGCGCCUACAAGAACAUUUACAACCCGGAGAACUUCUUCGUACACAAGGAGGGCACUGGUGCAGGCAACAACUGGGGCGCCGGCUACUCUAUGGGCGAGCAAGUCCACGAGGAGGUUAUGGAUAUGAUCGAUAGGGAGGCGGAUGGGAGUGAUAGCCUCGAGGGCUUCAUGAUGCUACACUCCAUCGCGGGCGGCACAGGAUCUGGAAUGGGCAGUUUUCUGCUCGAGCGGCUGAACGACCGCUUUCCGAAGAAACUGAUACAGACGUACUCGGUCUUUCCAGAUACGCACGACAUAGUUGUGCAACCGUACAACAGCCUGUUAGCUAUGAGACGUCUAACGCAGAACGCAGACUCGGUGGUGGUCCUCGAUAACGGUGCGCUCUCCCGCAUAGCAGCAGAUCAUCUCCACGUCCAAAAGCCCUCCUUCCAGCAGACAAACCAGCUUGUCUCGACAGUGAUGUCCGCUAGCACGACAACCCUCCGCUAUCCCGGCUACAUGCACAACGACCUCGUCGGCAUUGUCGCCUCUCUCAUCCCCACGCCGCGCUGCCACUUCCUCAUGACUUCGUACACGCCCUUCAGCACGGACAACGUUGAUCAGGCGAAGAUGGUGCGCAAGACGACGGUCCUAGACGUAAUGCGGCGCCUGCUGCAACCGAAGAACCGGAUGGUGUCGACGAACCCGAGCAAGAAGAGCUGCUACAUUUCCAUCCUCAAUAUCAUCCAGGGCGAAGCUGAUCCUACUGAUGUUCACAAAUCCCUCCUCCGCAUCCGCGAGCGCCGUCUCGCAACCUUCAUCCCCUGGGGCCCCGCCAGCAUUCAAGUCGCCCUCACACGAAAAUCGCCCUACAUACCCUCCCAGCACCGGGUCUCCGGGCUCAUGCUCGCAAACCACACAGGCAUCUCAACCCUCUUCCGGCGCAUCGUCGUGCAAUACGACAAGCUGCGGAAGCGGAACGCGUUCAUCGAGCAGUACAAGCGGGAGGCGCCGUUUUCUGAUGGGUUGGGUGAGUUCGACGAGGCGAGGGAGGUGGUCAUGGGGCUGGUGAGGGAGUAUGAGGAGGCGGAGGAGGCGGAUUAUUUGACUAAGGAGGGGCCAGGUGAGGGGAAGGAGGAUGCGGGGGCGGGUGCCAGUGCGUAG